AGAUCUCUGCACACAUCGAAACCCACAGCGGCCUCCACAUUCCAGUGUCACCAAAUCGCUCACUAGAAGAGAAACAUAGCCUCCAACAUCUCAAGAUCCAGAGCAGCAUCAUCGCCAAAAUGGCUUUCAAAAUCGAUGAACAGACUCGCUGCAUGCAGCAAGGCACUUGUCGAUGUGGCAUUGUCGGUUGGGGAAUAUCCCAUGCUGGCCUAGACCGGGAUCCAUCGAUUCCCACCGAUGAAGUCGGGGAAGAACGUUGGAACCGCCGUCGUUGGACCACAAAACCCGUUUCUGGAUCAUCAUGUUGUCCUGACCAAUUGCACCACUGCGAGAGACGGAAGCGACUAACAAGACAAUGAACAAUAGAUCUCACCGUCUGAAAAUAACCGGCAAAGGCUACUGGCUUCUCGAUGUCGUCAUAAAGAUCGUCGUCAUGGAGAGGAAUAAGGCGAAGCAGAUUUAUUCGACGCAGCCCCGUUGUCCUCGCUCCAGCGCCACCAAAAGAAACAUAGAACCUAUCUACAGAACACCAUGGAAGAGGAACGGGAUCCUCCCCCUCCAUCUGCCGCCGGAGCAGCGGACAGAGGGGGCGGAGGCCGUGGCUUCACCGGCGUUCUGCAAGGAAACCGUCGUCGCGCAGAGCCCUUUUCUCUCUCGGGCGGUUGGGAGGAACCGUUAAGUACUCACCUGAAAGUUGGGCCUGCACAUUACUUCGCGGCUGCGAGGGCGCUCCUUCAGCGAGACCCUUCUUCGGUCUCGGUACAAGCGAGGCGUAGGCGCUCCGGACCCCCUCUCAAUCGUUGUUCGCUCCAUCCCGUACCACCGCCGGAGUCGCCGAGAUGACCGGCCUCCAUGACGAGCGCGCCACCAGCGAACCCCGGAGAUCCAAGCGGUCCAGGCCGGAGGCGAAGGCGGCGGAGCCUCCGGCACGCCGGGCCAGGCGCGCCGAGGGCCACGUUCCUCUGCGCAAGCGCGAGUCUCCGAGGUUUGCGCGACCACCCCGCCCCCUGGACUCGGACGCGGAGGGUGCGGUCGCGUCGCCUCCUCCUCCUCCUCCUCCAGCACGCCGCGCCGAGACCCCGGCUCCUCCGCCCAAGCGUCGAGCUGCGAGGGUUGCGCGACCAUCUUCGCACCAUAGGGAUUCGGAGGAUGUGACCAUGGCUCCUCCUCCCGCGCGCCGCGUGAAGGCCCCGGCUCCUCCGCCCAAGACUGAGUGGCAUCGCAUCUCGUACAGACUCCGCAACCGCGUCGUCCAGGAUACCAGCAACCUCAAGCCCGCCCCCAGUCGUUACGACAACCGGAUAGAAAUUAAACAUGAUCUAACAUGGCAAACUCCGACGUGUGCACGCGUGGCUUUGGAACACUACAACAACAUGAAUCAGGAGGACGAGCAUGAGAUGGUUAAAGCAGUGAGCAGUCAUGUCUUUGUCUUCAAUGGUAUCUGGUUCCAUGCAAAUUUCCUUGCUAAGCGAAAAGGAGCCACCACCUGCGUUGAUCUCGUCCCCAAGUACUUCUUUGCUGAGUUGGACAUCGUGGGGACGAAAAAACUAUCUUGUGUUUCAUGUGUUAAGCUUGACCCAGGUGAUCCCAAAAACAUUGGUGGUUGUAGCCUGUGCUAUGAGAAUAUCAUACAUCCUGCUGGCGGUGGAUACCACGGUGCCCAACCUCGAUCUGUUCGACAUGCUCCUGGUGGCCUACAGAUUUCAUUCAAGUUCUGAAUGUUGUAAGUGGUAGAAUCGUCCAUCACCAUGCUAAUAUAAUAUAGGCGGAAGAAGAAGAAAACCAUGUUUAAAUAUGAGCGUCAAACCGUUCCGGUAGAAUCAUGCAUCAUUUUGGUUGUAACAAAGGUUAAAACUCCACUUUGAUGUAUGUCUGAUGUUAUUAAUCUGUUUCAU